UUUACACAUGUAUAUGCCAACCUGCUUUUCCUGCUGCCAGUAAAGAUCUUUGUGCUUGCGGCUACAGCUGUUCUAGCUUGUGUGUCAGCCUGGGGACUAUCCAAUCUGCGGCAGGAAUUUGAUCCUAUCUGGUUUCUACCACAAGAUUCCUACCUUUACAAAUACUUCAUUAAGCAAAAUCAUUAUUACCCAUCUUCGGGAGAACAGGGUUCUGUGUAUUUUGGGGAUAUGAAUUUAUUUUUAGAGCUGUUCAAUAUCGAUUUACUGACAACACGGUUAAAGGAAAGCGAAACUAUAGUGGAGGUUGACAGCUGGUAUGAUAAAUACAAAUGGUACUGGAAAAAGCAAGGCUACACAGUCCCUGACCCCCAACAGUCUGAGGAAGAGUUUCUAGAUCAGCUGAGCCAAUUCCUUUUUUCCCCUAAUGGGUCACCAUACAGAAGUCGGAACUUCCGUUUCUCAUCUAACCUUAACUGCACCCAAAUGGCCCCUACAGUAACAAUUUCCAGUAUUAACUACAGGCAUACACUGAUGUCAACAUCAAAAGAGGAAAUAAAGGCUAUGGAAAGCAUCAAAUCAAUCGUCAGGGAGAUCAAUUUCACCGGAUAUGUGUAUGCUUGGUCAAGAUCCUACGGAGAAUGGGAAACAAACCAGGUAAUCGAAGAGGAAUUAUAUCGGAACAUGGGUCUAGCUCUAGCUGUGGUGUUCAUAAUGACGCUGCUGCUCAUAGCCAGCCUGGUCACCAGCAUAAUGGUUCUGGUGUGUGUACUGUUGACCCUGGUUGACGUGGGCGCCCUCAUGCACUGGUGGGGACUCACCAUCGACACUGUCUCCUGUAUAGACCUGGUUUUGGCCAUUGGGCUGUGUGUUGACUAUGCUGCCCAUGUUGGUCACACAUUCAUGACCAUAGCUGGCACUAGAGAUGAGCGGGCCAAGAACACGGUGGCCACCAUCGGACCAGCUGUUCUCAACGGCGGCUUUAGCACCUUUCUUUCUAUCGUCUUCCUGGCCAACUCCGGCUCACAUGUCUUCUUAUCAUUUUUUAAGGUAAGUUUUCCACACUCGUUAGACACAAUCAUAAAUGUUGUUUGUGAUGGAAUGAUAGAACUUCAAAUAAAUCUUCUGUGGUUCCUCCAUUCUCAACUUUUAUCUUAUAUUCCUGUAUAUUUUACAGUAAACUGUUAUAAGUAUUAAUCAUCA